AUGGGGAUGGAGGUGAAGAUGCGGAGGUUUGGAGCGGUGCAGCUUCAAGUCCUGUUAUGGAUACUGAACGUGUAUCUGAAAUACACAGCAUGUCAGCGCUGUGACGAGGUGUUGGCGACUCCUCUCCCCUACAGCGCCUUCAGCAGCUCUUCUGUACUUGCUCCUGAUUUUGGCGCCGGCUACGCUAAACUCAACCGCAGAGUUGGAAAUGGAGGCUGGUGUCCGCUGGAUUCUGACACGUACCAGUGGCUGCAGGUGGAUCUCAGAGGAAGGAAACAGAUCACGGCCAUCGCCACACAGGGUCGAUACAGCAGCCCUGACUGGACUAAACAGUACAGACUGCUGUACAGUGACACUGGAAGUAACUGGAGACCGUAUCAACAGGACGGCAACAUAUGGACGUUUUCAGGGAACUGGAACUCUGAGCGAGCGGUGAAGCAUGAGCUGCAGUACACCAUCGUGGCUCGAUAUCUGCGCUUUAUUCCUUUAGAACGGAGUGCAGAGGGCAGGAUCGGGCUGAGGGUGGAAGUUUACGGCUGUGCCUACUGGGCAGACGUGAUCAGUUUUGACGGACAGGGUGUGAUAUCCUACCGAUUCCGGCAGAAGAAGAUGAAGAUUCUGAAGGAUGUUAUCUCUCUAAGGUUUAAGACUACUAAAGGAGACGGGGUUCUGCUCCACGGAGAGGGGCAGCAGGGGGAUUACCUCACGCUGGAAUUACGCAGAGCUAAACUAGUGCUGCAGAUCAACCUGGGUAGCAGUCAGUAUGGCUCCAUCCAAGGUCACACCUUGGUGUCCGGCGGCAGCUUGCUGGACGAUGACCACUGGCACUCUGUGAGGGUUGAAAGGUACCGGCGGAGUGUGAACUUCACCCUGGACGAGCACACACAGAGGUUCCGAACCAACGGCGAGUUUGACCAUCUCGAUCUGGACUAUGAGAUCAGUUUUGGAGGAAUGCCCGUGUCCACUAAGCCCAGCUCAGGAGGCCCACAGAACUUUGUUGGCUGCAUGGAGAACAUCUACUACAAUGGAGACAACAUCACCAGCCUCUCGCGCAGGAAAAGAGUCGACACGUCCAGUUUUCGUAACCUGACGUACGCGUGUGUGACCUCGUCCACGUUCCCGGCGUUCUUUAACUCCACCAGCACUCUGCAGCUGCCGGGUCGCAGUGAUGCAGACACCGUAUCAGUGAGCCUGCAGUUUCGCACGUGGAGUCUCAGCGGCCUGCUGCUGUUCGCCCCCUUACUGCCCGGUGGAGUGGAACUCAGUCUGGUGGAGGGCAAAGUGGUAGUGCACAUCUACACCGCUCAGGGAAAGAACACACGGGUGGACAUUUCCUCAGGUUCUGGCCUCAACGAUGGACAGUGGCACAGCGUCCAUUUCCUGGCGCUGGAGAGCUUUGCCAUGCUUACUAUUAAUGGUGAUGAGACCUCGUCCGUCAGAGCCACGCUCCCCAUUCAGAUCCGCACUGUGGGAGAUUACUAUUUUGGAGGCUAUUUUCCCCGGACCGAACUCUCCCCGACGCAGCGCUCCUUCCAUGGCUGCAUGCAGCUCAUCCACGUGGACGAGCAGCCGGUGGACCUACACGCUGUGGAGCGGAACAUGCUGGGAAGUUUCGAGAACGUCAGCCUGGACAUGUGUGCCAUCAUAGACAGGUGUGUUCCUAACCCGUGUGAACACGGUGGCCGAUGUUCUCAGACUGGAGGCACAUUUAAAUGUUCUUGUGAUGGAACCGGAUACACCGGAGCGACCUGCCACUCACCGAUUUAUGAGCAGUCAUGCGAGGAGUACAAGCAUCUGGGCCGAAGCUCCGACUCCUACUGGAUUGAUCUGGAUGGAAGCGGCCCCCUCGAACCCUUCAAAGUCAUCUGCAACAUGUCAGGGGACAAAGUGUGGAUGAUGUUGCCAAACGGUCUUCCAGCUCAGAGUUCGGUGAUUCCAGCUUCUGAUCCUGAACAGGGAACGGCUGUGACACUCAACUACAGCGUCUCCACUGAGCAGAUGAACGCUGUCACCAGUAAUGCAAAGCACUGUGAGCAGUAUGUGGCCUACACAUGCCGUAUGUCACGCCUUCUCAACUCUCCAGACGAGUCCCCGUAUACCUGGUGGGUCGGCAGAGGGAAUGAGAAACACUUCUACUGGGGCGGCUCAGGACCAGGAAUUCAGAAAUGCUCUUGUGGAAUCGAGCGCAACUGCACCGACCCAAAAUACUUCUGCAACUGUGAUGCAGACCAGAGACAGUGGCGAGAGGACUCAGGUGUUCUGAUGUACAAGGACCAUCUACCCGUCGCUCAGGUGGUGGUCAGGGACACACAGCGCUCUGGAUCUGAGGCCAAGCUCACCGUGGGGCCUCUCCGCUGCCAAGGAGAUCGGAACUACUGGAAUGCUGCGUCCUUCAACACCCCAGCAUCGUAUCUGCACUUCCCAACAUUUCAAGCAGAGUCCAGCGCUGAUAUCUCCUUCUACUUCAAGACCUCGUCCUCACAUGGGGUCUUUCUGGAGAAUUUGGGCAACGCCGAUUUCAUUCGGCUUGAGUUAAAAUCUGCCCACGUGGUGUCCUUCUCCUUCGACGUGGGCAACGGGCCGGUGGAGCUAAGCGUGCAUUCGCCGACUCCCCUGAACAAUGACCAGUGGCACAGGGUGGAGGCCGAGCGCAACGUAAAAGAGGCCGUGCUCCGAUUGGACAAGCUUUACAAGGACGUGCGACCUGCCCCAACCCAUGGCCACACCCGCCUGGAGCUCUUCAGUCAGCUGUUUGUGGGUGCCUCAGGAGGACAGAGGGGAUUCCUGGGUUGUAUACGCUCGCUGAAGAUGAACGGUGUGACCCUUGACCUAGAGGAGCGUGCCAGGGUGACCCCGGGGGUGAAGCCCGGCUGCUCGGGUCACUGCACCAGCUUCGGCUCACGCUGCCAGAACGGAGGCAAAUGUGUGGAGAAAUAUAACGGCUACACAUGCGACUGCAGCCUCACUGCCUUCGACGGGCCGUUCUGCACGGACGAUGUGGGCGGCUACUUCGAGAGUGGCACGCUGGUCCGCUAUGACUUCAUGUCCGACAGCAGCUCCUCGCUGGUAGUGAAGGGAUCUACUGGAGCUCUGAGUACAGAGGGGAACCUGACAGAGGAGGAACUUAGUUUCAGUUUCAGCACCUCUCACGCCCCCUCGGUUCUGGUCUACAUCAGCUCCAGGACUCAGGAUUACAUGGCGAUGGUGUUGCGCCACAACGGUACACUGCAGAUCCGUUACAGUCUGGGUGGACUGAAGGAGCCCUUCACUAUCAGUCUGGACCAUCGCAACAUGGCUAACGGGCAGCCACACAGCGUCAAAAUCAUCCGACAUGAGAGGAUUAUUCAACUGCAGUUAGAUCAUUAUCCCACAGUCAGCUACUCUCUCCCUGAUGCUUCUGACACUAAAUUCAACCUGGUCAAGACCAUUUUCCUUGGAAAAGUAUUUGAAACGGGUCAGGUCGACCCCGUGCUUAUAGAGCGCUACAACACCCCGGGCUUUAUGGGCUGCCUCUCCAGGGUGCAGUUUAACCGCAUCGCCCCUUUAAAAGCUGCACUGAGGCCAAGCGCUCCGUCUACGGCCUCCGUCCAGGGUGUGCUGGUGGAAUCUAACUGUGGUGCUUUACCGCUCCUCAUCCCUGUCAUGUCUGCCACAUUCGACCCCUGGCACCCCGACUCAGGGAUCCAGUUUCCAUUUGAUGAAGAGCAAGCAAGCCGGGACGGUCUUAACCGUGAUUCUGCAAUAAUAGGAGGCAUCAUUGCGGUGGUGAUCUUCACCAUCCUCUGCACGCUGGUGUUCCUGGUGCGCCACAUGUUCCGCCAUAAGGGUUCGUACCACACCAACGAGGCGAAAGGUGCCGAUUCAGCAGACUGCGCCGACGAGGCCAUCAUCGUGAAUGACCCCGCGUUUACAGAAACCAUCGAUGAAAGCAAGAAGGAGUGGUUCAUUUAGCUCAGAUGUGUGUGUGGGGGGUGUUAGAAAGAGCGUCACCCAACAGGACAAACACAACUGAGAGUCUCCACAGUGAAGGACAUAAACACUCCAUUAAGACGUACGCAUGUGCUCUGACUGACCCCUGUGGCAUGUGAUGAUGUGUGUAUGUGAGGGAGCGUGAUACAAAGACUUCCUUUACAUCUGAAUCCAUCUCCUUCACAUAUAGAAGCGUAUUUCUAUAUUUUCUGCAUUCCACUGACUGAGAUAUGGACACAGCCGGUGCAUUUUUAAUCUCGACUGGACGUAUUUCUUUCUGCCUGCCUGAAAGCUAAUCAAGGACCCCGAUAGCACAAUACGUAUUUAUGUUACAGACGAUGACGUUUGAUUGUAUUUAAUACUUUUAUGUCCUCAGUAGAAUGAAACAGCACAGUAGCAUGCAAUGACUGAUCUUGCUCACUGUUUAAGCAGCACUUUUGUGUAAUGUAGUUUGUUUGUAUAGAUUGUAUAUGUGUUCUUUAGCUGUGUUCAUCAUUUUGUGUAUAUAUGAUUUGCCAUCGAGUUUCCCUGUGCCCCACAUGUACUUGGUGUGUGAUGUUUAUUUCUGCUGUUUUUGUAAUGGAAAUAUAAGGCUAAUGUAUGUAAUACAUUAAUUACAAAGUUAAUUUUCUUAAGGGGAUCUA